GGCGCGCUGAGGGCCGGUCCCACAGAGCCGCGGCCAUGGCAGAGCGGGGCGCGCAGGGCUUUCUGCCGCCCUUCGAGCACUUCGCCACCAGCGCCAUCCACGCCGGCCAGGAGCCCGAGCAGUGGCGCUCCGGGGCCGUGGUGCCGCCCAUCUCGCUCUCCACCACCUUCAAGCAGCAGGCGCCCGGCGAGCACACGGGUUACGAUUACAUCCGCUCUGGGAAUCCCACUCGAGAUUGCCUGGAAAAGGCCGUGGCCGCCCUCGAUGGAGCCAAAUACUGCUUGGCUUAUUCCUCUGGCUUAGCAGCUCUUUUGAACAUCUGUCACCUGCUGAAGACAGGGGACACAGUUAUCUGCAUGGAUGACGUCUAUGGAGGCACAAACAGAUAUUUCCAGAAAGUAGCCUCAGAAAAUAAUUUGAAAGUAAUUUUUGUUGACUGCACAAAACCAAAAUGCCUGGAAACUGCAAUUACACCAGAGACCAAGCUGGUUUGGCUGGAGACCCCCACGAACCCCACGCUGAAGGUGAUCGACAUCAGAGCCUGCGCUGACAUCGUGCGCAGGCACCCGGGGGUGCUGCUGGCCGUGGACAACAGCUUCAUGUCUGCCUACUUCCAGCGUCCUUUGUCUCUGGGGGCUGAUAUUUGUAUGUCUUCUGCAACCAAAUACAUGAAUGGGCACAGCGAUGUCCUCAUGGGCCUGGUCUCUGUAAACCGGGAUGAUCUCUAUGAGAGGCUCAAAUUCCUGCAGAACUCCCUGGGAGCUGUCCCCUCCCCCUUUGACUGCUUCCUCUGCAACCGGGGGCUCAAGACUCUGCACAUCCGGAUGAAGCUGCACUUCCAGAACGGCCUGGCUGUGGCCAGGUUCCUGGAAUCCCAUCCCCGGGUGGAGAAGGUCAUUUACCCAGGGCUGCCUUCCCACCCUCAGCACGAGGUGAUGAAGAGGCAGUGCACGGGCUGUCCUGGGAUGGUCACCUUCUACAUCAAAGGGAACAUCAAGAAUGCCUCUGCCUUCCUCAGGAACUUGAAGGUGUUUGCCUUGGCUGAGAGUCUGGGUGGCUUCGAGAGCCUGGCAGAGCAUCCGGCCAUCAUGACCCACGCCUCAGUGCCUGAGGAGGAAAGGAAAACUCUGGGAAUCAGUGACACCUUGAUCCGCCUCUCGGUGGGGCUGGAGGAUGAGGAGGAUUUGAAGGCAGACCUGGAGCAGGCCCUGGAGGCUGCGUUUGCAUAAACCUUGAGGCUCAGGAAGGAUCUGGAACUGGACAUGGCUGUGGACGAGGACACGGAAACCAAACCUCUCUUGCUUUGCCUUUGGGAAUUCCAGCCUGGGCUCCUGGGACUCUCCCGGGCUGUGCAGGGUGUGCUGGGCACAGCCUGGGCUCUCCCUGCCCACGUCUGGAGCCGGGAGCUGUGUGGGAGCAGCCGUGGGCACCCCGGGAAUGUGAUCCCAGUUCUCCCAGCAGAGCUCAGUGUUCCUGCUGCUCCUGCAGGGUUUGGGCACAGGGGCUGCUCCCUGGUACUGCUCUCGGGUCAUUCUCUUCUCACCCGGCAGCUCAGCUCAGAAACUUGGUUGAGCUCAGAUUUAUUUUAAUUAAGUUAGAAAUUUGCCUAGGAGCUUUUUCUUCUCUUGAUGUUUUAUUGAAAAUGAAGUGAAAUCCAACACCUGGUAAAUAACUUUCUAAACAGGAGCCUUUGUCUCUUUUAAGAAAAAAUCAUGUGCCGUGGGUUAAUAAUUUUAAUUAAAACACUUUUCCUUUC